GUGGAAUUUAGUACCAUAACAACAAACGGAAGAAAAUAUUUUUCUUGGCAGAUGGAUGUUUCAUAAUGAGAUGUUUAAUAACCAUAUCCUGUUUGAAAUUAGUGGUUGUUCUCUAUUAGUCAACUAACAUUUUAAAGUUCAUAAAUUAUUGAUUCAAACUGUAAUGGAAUAUGAAACCUAUGGAAUGUACAACCUACUCUGAGGAAAUUCAGUAUUGGUUCAUUUAAUGCAGAAUAUAGAAAAACAUCAUUAUCAAUUUUGUAGUUCAUGGAUGAAAGAAUUUAUUAUUUGAUACAUUUAAUAGAAUGGUACUCUUUCCAUGGCACAAGUGAAAAAAGGUAGUUAUCCAUCACGACAACUUCGAGCAGGACCAGCACCAUUAGCUUCUUUUGAAGAUUUGCCUUCUGAUGAAUUGGAAAGUCCUGAUAGUUUGGCAGAUCUUGAUGAAAAUAUACUUAAUAGUCAGUCUAGUAGACCUACAGACUUUGAUGGUUCUUCCACUCCUAGAACUUUAACUGCAUCUGCUUUAUCCACUCCUCAGUUUGACAGUGAUGGUGAUUCGCAGUUUACUAUUACACCCUGUGAUGGUGUUAAAAGUCAUGUACCAGGUUUAAAAACUUCAUCACUUUCAUCUCUUUUGAAAACAGGAAAGGAAGAUGACAGAGCUAGUUUAUCCAGCACUGGAGGUAAAAAAGGCUCUGUCAGCUCUUUAUUAUCUGCUGGUGAAAGUAGUAGACCAACUAGAGAAGAUAGUCAUCGGAAGGGAUCUUGGACUGAUAUUUUUCGCAGUCGAAGCAGAAGCAGGAGUCGAUCACCACAGGGUUCUCCUCAGAGAUUAAGGAAGAAGAGUGACUCUUCCAUGAAAUAUAAAUCUGAUACUGAAUCAAAUGAUAAAAAUGACUCUAAAAAAGAAAAGGGUAAAUUUUUAUCAUCUUUAUUUAAAAUUGGAGGUAAAAAAUCACCAAAAAGCAAGAGUCCAUCUCCACCAAAAUCACCUGCUGAUUUUCAACCUGUUCCAAUUACAGAAAAAAUUGAAAAGAACAGAUCUGCUCCCUCAAAACAAGUUGAAAGUAAACUUGAUUCUCAAACAAUUUCUGAAACUAAGGAGACUCUGAAUAAGACAGUAACAAGUAAGGAAGAAUCAAAUAAAAAUAUUACUCAGAAUCAGCUUGUAAAUAACAAAAUAAUUAAAAAAGAAGAAAAAAGAGUUAGGCCAACCGAUAUUGAAUUAGAAAGUAUACAUGGUUUACCUUCUACCACAAGUAGACAUAAAGUUGAAGACCAUGAUAAUAUUAGUCAUGCUGAAAUAGAAUCAGAUACAAACAAAAAAGAAUCUAUUCCACACCAUGAUUCUGAAGGUGAACAUGAUCACGAGUCUUCAGAAUCAGAAUUAACUUUUGAAGUAGACAAAUCUAAAACUACACUAGAAACCAGAGAUAGUGAAGAAGAUUAUGAAGCUCAAAAUCUUUUAAACCAAGAUUCUAUGGACACUGAUGAAUUUCCUGUGGCAGAAUUUAGAUUUCUACCUCCAGAAGCUUCUCAAAUUCAGAUUAAAACGCCAACAAGAAAACAAAGACUCGAAGUGACUACUAUACCAAUUGAAAGGCCAAGAAGUACAACACCUAUUAAUAUUGCCCCUCUUGAAGCUUUUAUUCAGUCAGCUACACCUUCACCAGAUCCUGGUAUUGAGAAAAUACGCUUAUCUCUGCCUGGUGAACAAUUUAUUUUACGACCAAAAAGUCCCAAGAAAGGAAAUUUAAAAAGUUGGCAAGAUUUUUGUGAAGAAGGAUUACAUAGCCCUAGAUUAAAUAAAAGACCUCAAAAUGAAGACGAGUUUGUUUUACCUCUAAAAAGUCCUACAGAUGAUGAAUAUAAUUUAGGAACAGAAUCACCAAAUAAAAUUCCUAAUAGUAAUUCUAUUGAAGAUUCUUGGGUUACAUUUGAAAAUAUCACUGAUGAUAACACAAAAAAUCCAAAUAAUUUAGAUAUUUCAAAGAAAAAUGCAAAUUGUAAAAAUGUUCUAGAUGAUAAAGGUGAAAGUUUUCAAGAUAAUUUUCAGUCUGAGGAUUUUAAUAAAGAAAGUGUCUUUACAGAUUGUUCCUGCAUUUGUCAUAAAUGUAAUUGUGAAUGUCAUAAUGUUAAUGUUGAUAUGAACAGUAAACAUUUGCAUGAUUCAGAUUCUUCAAUAAGUGGUGCUACAGAGAUUCCUAAAGAACAAACAGAACAAUCUAUUUUGGAUUCACAAACAGAUAUAUUUGCAAAGAAAAUUCCUAAAAGUUUUGAUAUUAAUAAAUGCAAUUGUAAAUGUCAUAAAAAAUGUGAAAGUGAUUUAACUUUCCUAUGUGAUGAUUGUUUAUCUCAGAACAGAAAUAAUAAAUGUGUUUCAUCUGAUAAACAGAAUUUUUCUGUAGAAGACAAAGAGCAAUGAAAUACAUUAAUUUUCAUUUUCAGCUGAAAGUGUGAUUGCACCAAAUUUCUGAACCAUCAGGACAUGACUUUCAUCUUUUGGACAUUCCUUUGCAGACAAUGGUAAAUGUGAUGAUACAUCAGCAUUAGAGUUUCUUUCUGAUUUUUUGAACUGUAGCUGGAUAGUCAAAUGACAACAAUAGCAAAGCCCAAUGCUUAAUACAGGAUGAAGCUAGCUAUGGAACAGGUUUGUUAAGUGCAAAUAAAUAUGUUAAAGGCUGAUGAUCUGUGAUUAAUAUAAACUGAUAACCCAAUAGAUAUUGUUUGAACUUAUUUAUUCCAGAAAUUAAAGUUAAUUCUUUCCUUUUUAUGUGAGCAUAAUUUCUCUUUGUUUUAUACUUUAUGGAUCAAAAGCAAUAGGUUUUUCAACCCUAUGGGUAUCUGUAAGAAAGAACUGCUGACUCACAUAAAGAUGAGGCAUGCUUAAUACUAUAGGUAUUAAGCAUGUUGUAGGAACAUAAUGUUGUUGUACUUCUGUACCAGGUAAUAGCUGUUUAAGCUUGAUGAAAGUAUUACAUAUCUCAAAAAAACCUCCAGUUAACCAGAGACAAAAUUAUUUAGUCCAGUGUGUAGGUGUUUGAACUAUUAAUGAAAGUAUUUCAAUAUACUUGUUUUGCUAUAUUCUUUUUUUUUUUUUUUUUUUAACAAAUAUAAAAGUGUACAAAGAUUUGAUAUAAAUUUUUCAUAAUGAUACAUUAAGCCUAAGAAGGCUCUAAGACUAGAUACAUUUAUGAGUGCUGGAACUUUCUGUAUGGCUUCUACUAUUCGUUUAGUGAAUUUUUUUAUCAAUCUUAAAUCAAAAAUAUUUAAAUGCUGGAGAAAAGCAAUCCACAUUUUAAAAAAAUUAAGUUUUAUCCCAGAAUCCUUUUUCAAAACUGUUCUCAAAGUUUGUGGGUGUUCUUUGUCAUUCUUUCCAUUAAUGAGUAUAUCAUCUAAAUAAAUAUUAUUCCUAAAACUCUUCCAAUAGAUUUUUCUAAGACUUCUUGAAAUGCACUUGAUACCACUAAUUUCAUAAGGUAACCUUGGAAACUGAAAUGUUCUUUACUAGUAUUUAUGAUAAUGAUAUCCUUAAAAAGCUCAUCCAAACAUAAUUACAAAUUUUCUUCUUCUAUGAGGUUAGUAAAGAUUGCUUCUAUUCUAGGAAAUGGAUAAAAAUCAACUAAAGUCAUUAAUUUUAAAGUGAUCAGAUAAUGUAAGAAUUUUAAUGAUGUGCUGAUUCUCUUUUGCUAUAGGUAUUGUUGGUGCAGCCCAUUUAGAGAUCUGCAGGAUAUCUUAGUUACCAAAUGAUCAAUUUCCUUUUCUACCUUAGUUUUCAAUGCAAAUGGUAAUGGUCUCACUUCACAAAAAAUAGAUUUGCUUUAUGAAUCAACGUUUAAACUGACUUUAGUCUUUUAAAUGUCCUAUUUUGUUUCCAAAUAAUAAAGAAAAUUUUUGUAAAAGAUUAUCUGGGGAUGGAUUUCCAUGUUCUUUAAUAACAUUUAUGAAAAAAAUAUAAUCUCUUACCUUACCAAUAGUUCUCUCACUUGUCAUCUUGUCUCUUCCCAUUUAAUGAUUGAUUGAUUGUUAGUUAUAUCUAACUUGUAAGAUAAAAACUUUUGAAUAUUUAUUUGCCUGCUUAACAAAAAUUUGUUUUUCCUACCACCAGUAUUGGAACAAUUUCCAUAUGUUGUAAGUUUUACUGUGGUUUCAUUUAAGGGCUUGAAACUUUUUAAGUAUAUUCUCAGAAAUCAAACUUACUGCUGCACUAUAUCAAUUGUAACAUUUAUAUUAAUAUCAUUCAUCAUAUAGGUUUUCCAAAUAUAUUUAUUUAUUAUAAAAAAUUUGCUGUUACAUUCCAAUUACCUAUUUAAGUGAAUUUUCCUUAUUUUGCAUAACUACUUUGCCAUUAUAUCUACACAUCGUGGAUAAAUGCCAAUUUUUUCCUACCAAUAUAACAUUCUGUUACUUUGAAGGCAAGGGUUAAUUAACUGAGACAGAGAAUUAUAUCUAAAACAUUUAUCUAGAAUUGUUUAGUGGUUUUAAUUUAGCAUCUUUUUCUCAGUAAAAUUAAUAACUUACUAACUUCUUUUCUUUAAUAUUUUUAACAUUGUUUCACCAGUUCAAAAGCAAUAGUAAUUUUUAAAAAUUUUCUCUAAAGAUAUGUCAUCAGGUUCUUUAAAGAGUUUUUAUUUGGUAAUGUUUUGGAUUUAAUUCCUGAAAGAAAUGUAUCUUUUAGCAUCUCACUUACAAGGAAACCACCAGAGUUGGCACCCUUUGAUUUUACUGAGUUUGAUAUAUAUAUUGUAUAUACUGUAGCCCUACCUCCCUGUAAUUCACACUACAACCACAUUAUGCAACUCUGAAGCAUUUGUGAGAAAAAUUAAUAAAAUUUUCUAUGUUCCUUAUGUCCUAUGUUAUAUGUAUAUGUAUGUAUAUGUUAACAGCAGCAUAGUAAAGUGGAUAAUUAAGGUGUUCAAAUAAUUCACUUUUGUGUUAAAGUUCAAAUUCAUACUUUUAAAAAUUUUUCUCUAAUGUGCAUUUGAAACAGAUUACAGUAUUUUGCAAAAUAUUUUUCUAAUUUUAACAAAGAAAAUUUUUAUUUUUAUUAUUUACCAUGCACUUUAAACAUUCUAUUCAUUGUAAUUCAACAUUUUAAAUAUUAUAUUUGCAGAUAGAUAUAUAGUAAGACUACACAGUAACAGAAAUUCUCCCUUUAAAUGUUGACCUAUUGGUAUAGUAAAAGCCAAACAAUUGCUGCAUUAUAUUGUGCUAAAUCUGUGUUGUUAUUAAUAAUCAAAUGUAAAGUAAUUUGGCUUAGAGGUAACCAUUAGUUGCCAUCUCUUGAUAAAUUUAAUAAUUAUAAUUAAAUUAAUAUUUUAAUAAUUAAUUUAGAAGGUUCUGGAAGAAAAGAAUCUGUCUGAAACAGAACUUGUUUUGGGCUGAUUUCUAGCAAUUUUUUGGCUUUAAUUAAUCUAAAAAUCAGGUAUAUAGAUGCUUAUAUUUGAUGUAGUAACAUGAAGUUGAAGGAGCCACAUAGUUUGCUUUUUAACUUAUUAUAAUUGUAAUCAAUUGCUGAAUGGAUUCAUAUCAUAUAACAUCCAUAAUUUGUUAGUUGAAUUAUUGGUAUAGCAAGAAAGGAACUUUCUACAUACUCAACAUCCAUUGGUGAUAUAAUACAAUAUAAUACAAUAAAUAAAAAUUGUGAAAAAAGUGAAAAAUUAAUGCAAUUUUUUAUUGCAUAGCAAAUAAAUCUUAUAAUUACAAAGUACAGGUUUUUAUUUGUUAAAGUAAAAAAUACAUUGCACUAAUAAUUGGUUUCAAUGCAAAGUAGAGAAAAACUUUUAAAAAAGAAGUAAGAUUUCAACCUGCAAUACACAGUAUAAUAGAGGAACGCUAUCCACUUAGCUAUGCUGCAUUUUACAUAUUAUCUAUAUAACAUGGUAUGUAAGGAACACAGAAAAUUUCAAACUUUUUUUUUUUCUUUAAAUGCUUGAGAGUUGCAUCAAGUGGCUUUACUGUGAAUUACUGGAAGGGUAGUACUAUGAUGUAGAUCACUUGGCAAAAUUAGAGGGAGGUCAUCUCUGAUUAUCUCUUUAUGAGAAUUUUGUACAUCACUAACAGUUUUUUGCUAAAUGUUGUAUAUUGCAAAAAAUUGGGCUACCAUCUCUGAAUCUCCUUGUUUCAUUUCACACAUAUUUUUUGAAUGUACAUAUUUAGAGGAAUAACUUUAGGUGCAGAUAAAAGACAAACUUAAUUUUUGACAAUUUGUCCAAAAGAUUUGCUAUUUGUAUUUUAUAGUGUAAAUAGGUUAUAAGUCAUAUUAAAUAGUUCUUAAUAAUACUAAUGAAAAUUGAAUUAUUUAUUUCAUCCAUUGAAUUUGUUUUGAAUGCAAGUUCUAAGAAUUUUAAAUAUAACAAAAAAAAAUUCUGUUUCUUACUACUAAUAACUGGAAAUGGAACCACAUUUACAUUAGCCAUCAUUAGUUUUCAUGCUUUGCAGUGUUUAGUUUUAACUUUGUUUAUUUUUAUCCUCUGCUUAUUAGGAGCUUUUGCCAGAAAUGCUAAAAUGUAGUGGCAUACAGAUUUGUUACAUUAAAGAUAUUUUAAUUUGAAAUUAUGGGAUUUUUUUCUCUUGGUAUAACAAGUCCUAAUUCACAAGAAUGUCCAAAGUGGACAAAAGUAUAAUAUAUAAGUAAUUAAGGACAAGAAGCUCUUACUAAACUUACUUCUGUUUGUUGUUUCAUGUAUCUAUCAGUUUGAUCUUUGCACUAAAAUUUUUGUUAUGAUUAGGUGGACAAUGAAUUACAAGCACUUAAUGAUACUUAAUUCUUUAUUAGAUACUUCAUUAUUAACAAUAAAUUGAAAUUAACAUAGGAUAUAGUAAACAACAUAGGCACCUAGUCUCCAUCCCAGCAUCUUGUGCUGUAUCCCUAUUCCCCAUGAUGUUAUGAAUUCAAAGACAUUACAUUUAGAAUAUUCUUAGAUUCAAAAAAUCCAACAUUUGUAUAAUUUUAAAUUAUCUGGAAAUCUAUGGUUAACUUAUCUGCAAAUCAUUAUCAUUUAAAAAUAAAAUUCAACAAGUUAAAAGGUGACAAUGAUAAAAACAAACUAAAUAACUAAAUCUAUUCCUAAAUAUUAUCUACAAGAAAUUAGUUUAUGUACAUUUUUCUAGAAGUUUUUACUUCCUAACCCAUUUCUAUUGAGUAUACAAUGAUAUUUUUCUCCUUCCUUUCUUUCUUAUUUAUCAUCUCUAUUUUUCAGAUCUUGAUAAUUCAGAUUUCUUCUUCCAUGUAUGAAAGAAUUAUCUUCCAAUUUUAACUUUUCUAAAUUCAAUUUCUUCUCUUAUCAAUUAAAUACACUUGUUAAAAACAUACAUUCCUAAUAUUGUUCUAGCUGCAUCUUUUUAAUAUAAAAUUCUCUAUUACUGUUGUUGUUUUUAUUAUCAUCAUCAAGAACAAGGAUAAAAUACAUAUUGCUCUUGUUUAACUUCUCUAUAAUGUUGUAUUGCUUCAAACCAUCUAAAAACUAUUCGUUCAUUCAUUCAUUCAUUCAUUCAUGGGUGUUCUGUCCUAGGACAGGUCCAUGGAAAGCAGUCAAAUUAUAGAAUUCUCCUUCUCCAACAUUCUCUAUUUCGGGCUUCCUCUUUUAUUUCUUUAUAAGUUUUGCCUAGUAAAACAUCAUCUAUCAAUACUUUUCUUUUUUCUUCCUCUUUGUUUCCUUGCAUCAAUUUUUCCUUCUAAUGCCACUCGCAUUAAUCCUUCUCCUCGCAAUAUAUGACCUAGCCAGUUAUUUUUUCUUCUUUGUAUUGUUUUUAAAAGAGAUCGCUGUUCCUGGACCAAAUUUAAAACAUCUUCAUUCUUAACCUUUUCUGUCCACUUGAUUUUCUCCAUUCUUCGCCAUAACCACAUUUCAUAUGCUUCAAGGUAGUUUGUUUCCUUUUUCCUUAAGGUCCAAGUCUCUGCUCCAUAUAAAGUUAUGCUCCAGGAAAAGCAUUUUAUUAACUUCUUUUUAAGUGUUUGGUUCAUUUUUCCAAUAAGAAGGUUCUUCUUAUAAAAAGCCAUUUUUCCAGCCCUGAUUCAUUCUUUGAUUUCUUUUUCUAAAAACUAUAGGAUUUCUUAUUUAAAAAUCUUUUCCAAGUACCUUGGUAAAGUUCUUGGAAAUUUUUCUUCAAAAUUUAAUACUAAAAGCUGUGUUGUAUUGGAGUGAACUUCAUUUAGUGUCACAUUUUUUUUAUACUGGAAACUUUACAAACUGAUUUUUUUUUUUCAGCAUAUUCUAUUGAACAUCAUUUUUUCAAUGUUGUUAAAUUUUAGUAUUUAGAUGUUUCUACAGAUAAUACUGUGAAAGAAUAAUUGAAUUGAA